AUGUUUCGUCAACUAUUUGUCCUGUGUACUUUGGCUUGCGUUCUCGCUGCCCCUCCAUUUCGACGCAUUUCCAAGCCCGUGACACGAUCAUCAACGGUCGAUAAACGGGAUGCCUUGUCGUAUUCCUCUCCGUACAGAUACGACGACGAGACGAGUGAUGAAUGGGAGUCGGUGGCUCUGGUGGAAGAAGAAGGAGGAGGAUACUACGACGAGGAGGAGGAUGAUGAAAAAUGUUCCAGUGAAUGUUCCCCACAGUAUGAUCGAUAUGGCAGAUCAUUACCUCUAUGCUCGAGAGAAAGUCUAAAGCAUACUUUCGCUUGUGCCAAAUGUAUCGACGCGACUUGGAGUUAUGACAAAUGGGACGAGAGCGCCAUGGCCGAGUAUGAGCGUAUCUCGAACGCGUGCACGGACUGGAACGACGGACAGCAACCUUGGACUUACGAGCAGGUGGGACCGCUGGACCGAGCCCUCAAGCGUGCAUAA